AUGGGAAAGUUAAGGAUUGGAUAAAAACAAAAAUAGUUGAAGUUGUUUAUCGUCCAUCAAAUAAUGAAUUAAUCAGAAAAAAAUUCAAACAAGAGGAAUAAUUGUAUAAAUGAUUCAACACCAUUUAAAUAAUGGUAUGCCAAAAAAUAUAAUGUAGAAUUAGAAUAAAUAAAGAAGAAAGUAUGAAUUAUGAUUUUAAUAUAGGAUGCAUCAGAUGAAUAAACAAAAAAACCUAAAGGUCUUAUGAAAACUUGA